UCAUCGUCCGCGUAGUAUGAUUCCACGGGUGACCGUACCACACGUUCAGCCCCACAUAAGAGGUCCAGAGGGCACCUGCUGGAUCCCAUCUUACCCUGCUUGUCAUGGCGUCAACUCAGGUAUCCUUGACCGAUCUUCCUCCCGAAAUCUUGCUUCUGAUCGGAGAGAUGGUGGAUGGGAAUGCGGUAAUCUUGCAAUUUAUGCUCACCAGCAAGAUGUUAUAUGACCUGCUGCUCCCUAGGCUGUACCGCGCGAUGUCCCUCCAGACUAACAAAGCGUGCAACGGCGCCAUGAAUGUUUUCCUGAAAUAUCCCGACAGAUGUCAACACAUCCUAAUGCUUGCGCUGUAUCCAAAUUCUAUUCCCGGUGCCUGGCCGCGCAAGACCCUACCGGCUGUCCUCAGCGAACGAUGGCUCGCGCUGCGAAUCACUUGCUUGUUCGCCUUGCGACUAGUCAAUCUGCGAUCCUUUGUGUGGGAUGGAGAAGAUUAUCCUGCAGAUGAGCUGUGGAUCGUGUUGAAGGGAAUGUGUCCACAGUUGACCAGUGUGUCGUGCACCACUCGACAGAGAGAAAUACCCGCGGGAUGUUCUCUCUUCAAUUUCGACAAUCUCACGGAGUUCGGAAUGCAUGUCUCUAUCGGCGGUCCAGUGACGAUCGGCAUCGGCCGCGGGCCAUUGCCCCAGGAGCUGUUGGACAUGCUCAUACUCCGAUGUCCGAAUCUGGUCGCUUUGACUCUGCGACUUUUCGAAUCGGCGCAUACACUGACCGAACUUGACCGAGUCAUGCGAAGUUACUUUCCCGAACUUCGGUCCGUGUGCAUGGAGAUCUUCGUCUGCCGUUCAGACCCUCUGCGCUGCCAACCGCUGUCUGCGGCACUUAGCACUUUUCUCUCUACGCAUCCGAACUUGAGCCACGUGUCAAUCCUGCCGUAUAUCCUACAGGCGGACGCCACUGCUAACCUACUGAGCGAUCGGGAAUGGCCGUCGAUCGUUGAUAGCACUGCGCCGCUUCCGAAUCUGUGGUCGUUUGUGGGCGUUUGGGAGCUUUUCUCCCAAUUCCACCACGCUGCAAAUCGGCUCCAAGCACUCAACCUGACGGGUGCGCCUGUCGUAGAAUCCACCGCCGAGAAGGUCUAUUUGCGUCUUCAAGCCCUUCCCGAAUUGAAGUCAUUGGACAUUCGGCUGAGCAGCCCGGCACUUUUCGAGGGAAUUGUGGUCGCUUGCCCGCGAUUGGUCCAUCUCCGGGUCAUAAUCUCGAGCACAUUUGGUCAGCAGAAGACGGCAAAAUCCAUUGUGCGUGCCGUGCAGCAACUCCCCAGGCUACGAUCAUUCGCACUGCUGAAAAAACCGCGAACUCUUGUUGAGCAAUCAAUGCUACGCUUCGCGCUGGUCUUGCUUGCGCGAAACGUCGGAAUAGAGGAACUGAAUCUGGGCUGGCUCGACUGGAAACUGGGCAUCCGGAUCAAGGACGGAAUGUACACGGUAACACGUGACGAAAAUGGUCAAAGACAUUUGGAUGUACGCGAGAGAGGCAUUGGUCUCUGGAACCACGGGUCAUUUGACAGGAGAUUUAGAAUGAAAUUAGAGCAAAAACUCCCGCGUGUGUACAAGAACAGACGUAUUGUUCACCUCACACUGUAGCUAGCUGAAAUGCAAAAGAAUGUUG